AAAAAAGUAAUCAAAGGCUUGGCAUCUGACAGCUCUGGCUCUUUGCUUCCUCCACUUUAAAAAAAAAAAAUCUUUUUUUUUCUCCUCCCCUGAAUCUUUUGCAAACACUAGCGCCUUCUCCACAAAAGCCCCUCAUUUCAGGGGUGCUGAAAACCUCUCCAGCUUUUCUCAGUGGAGGUGUGCCUCUUUUGACAUCUCUGCUAAAUGGAGGAUGCUUUGCCACUCAUUUAACAGCUCUGCGACUUUGUUCCUCCUCUGGGAGGCACACAGCCUUUUAUCUCCUCAUAGCUGGCUGAGAACUUGCUCUCCUCUCUGCUCUGUCCCACCCGUCACAGCGCAGCAUUAGCAUGUACAUGCCUCUUAGCAGACCACAGAGAAAGAGCCCUGCAGUGCUCUGGCUGGAGCACGAGGCUUAGUCCCCUGGAGGAAAAAUCUUGGCCGCAGGGUGAAUAACUGGAGUAUGUUGGACAUUAGGGCUUUGGCAAUUCAAAAUGCUGGAUUAGGCGUGAAUAGUACGGAGGCAUUUACACAAGGUUUUAACAGUAGGGAAAUAAAGCUGUUUCCUGUUAUUUCACGAUGUACAGUAUGUGUUUUCAUUUCCUAUAUCAGUUAUAUGCAGCCUCUGGAGAGUCAGAUUACCUCAGUAAUCGAUGGAUGGAUGAAUGGGUGAAUGGAUUUGUGCUUUAAUGAAUGUAAGGCCUUAGUCUAACCACUGAGAUCCAUGACCGGCAUUAGUCGACUCCUUUUAUCUGUGUUGGUUUAUGGUAACUGAUUUUUAAAAGUGCUGCUUUUUCUUUUGUAUGUUUUUCAAGGAUGACGAGCCAAUGACAGCAGGGGCUGACGGCAGAGAUCACACCCGUAUUCGGAAGUUCCUCAGCCAGCAUACCAAGAAAUUACCCUGGAAACCAGAGUAUAAGGGCCAGGCUAACCUUCACGUGUUUGAGGACUGGUGCGGCUCCUCUGUAGCCCAGCUGAGAAAGAACUUGCACUUCCCUCUCUAUCCUCAUGCCAGGACAACAGUGAAGAAACUGGCAGUGGCUCCAAAGUGGAAGAACUAUGGCUUGAGAAUAUUUGGCUACCUUCACCCUUACAGAGAUGGUGAUUUCCAGUUCUCAGUAUCAUCAGACGAUAACUCUGAGUUCUGGCUGAGCCCUGAUGAGACUCCUCUUAAUGCCAGACUGCUGGUCUAUGUAGGACAGCUGGGGACAGAGUGGACCGCUCCAGGCGAGUUUAGCAAGUUCAGGUCCCAGUCUUCGAAGUCUGUGCAUCUGAUCUCAUCCAGACGAUACUACUUUGAGAUUCUCCACAAGCAGGAUGACAAGGGCUCGGAUCACGUAGAGGUUGGGUGGCGUCCGUUCCUGCCUGGUCUGAAAUAUGAAGUGAUAGACUCGGCCUACAUCUCCCUCUACACAGAUGAGUCCAAUCUGAAGAUGAACAGUGUGGACCACAUCCCUCAGACCUUGGCCAGUCACAUCCGUCUCCCAGAGGAGACACAGCCUCAGGGUCUGGAGGGAGGCCGUACCAUCCUGCAUGGAGCUGAUAUGCUGAAGCCGGAUCCCAGGGACACCUUCUAUAGCACCCCUAUGAUCGAUCCCUCUCGACUGGAAAACGUUCUUCCGGCCUGUCUUUACUCUCCAACCUAUGUAGUCAAAGAUUUCCCCAUUGCCAGAUACCAGGGCCUGCAGUUCGUCUAUCUGUCUUUCGUCUACCCUAAUGACUUCACGCGCCUCACCCACAUGGAGCGAGAAAACAAGUGUUUCUACAGAGAGUCCCCUAUCUACUUGGAGAAGUUUGGUUUCUACAAAUAUAUGAAGAUGGAUGAGGAAGAAGAUGACAGGCCGUUCUUCUUCCCGAACCCAGAUGAUUUCCUAGAGGAGGAGGAGGUGGUAGAUACAGAGGAUGAGGCAGAGAUUGUUGGCACACAGUCACCCAAGAAGCCCUCUUAUCCAAGCCAGACCAGCCAUACUUCAAAUCCCUCCUAUCAGCAAUCAAAGUCUGAGCCCACACCAGCUGGCCGAGACAAGGAGAAAGAGAAGGAGGAUCCUAAUGAUGAAGAAGAUGAGGGCCCAGUCAACAGUAUCAUACAGCACAGAGAAAGGAGGCGUUUUCCUCGCAGAGACAGACAGAUGGAUAGGGAUUUGGACAGAGACUGGGGGAGAGAUCAUACAAGGGAGAAUAUGAGAAAAGACACGGGGAAGAGACUUGAAAACAUCGAAGCAAGGGUUCUUCAGCCUGAUAUCGAAAGCGUGGUUAGGGGUCGCUCUCUGUCCUGGGUCCACACUGAUUCUGCAGAACUAGACCCUGCCAGGAAAGGCGGAGGAACAGGUGGCGGAGAAGACAGGGGAGUUGACACACGGACUAAACUCAGCAAGUCUUCUCUUCUCUUUCCCCAAAAGUCGUCCCUCUCUGCCCUUGCUAGCCGAGCCAGGCAGAUCCUCAGCAACUCUGCACAUGGCAACAACCUCCACGAUAGGCUUCCCGGGAGCAAAAAAGAGAAGAGGGAGGAGAACAAGAUCUACAUCACCAGGCCCAAGCCUGCAAGGGAGAGAGAGAAGGAGAGGGAGCAGCGGCGAGAGAGGAGGGACGAGAGGGCAUCUCGCCACCCUAGAGAGGUUUUCCCAGGAGUCUUUUUGUAUCAGACUGGAAAGACCACCAGGCUGGUAAACCUGGGUGCCAGGAGACGUGGUGGGGGAGGCGUAACAGGAAGUAGGAGUCUGAUUAGUGCGCCUCAGCUCUGGCCUAACCCCCCUAUAAAAGAAGGUAAGGCUUCUCCUCACAAUGGAAGCACCAACACACACAAUGAAAGUGUGGUAAAGUCUUCUAACAAGGCAACAGGGGCAAGACAGCCAGAGAAAAGCAAAAGCAAAGGAGAGCACCGGGAUUUAAAGACUACUAUCAUGGCUGACCCACCCAGUAAAGAACACCACCUAAUCGAACCGUCCUCUCACCGCGGUCCCCCUCAUCCCUCUGUUACCCCACCAAGAUUAAACUUUACAGACAACACAAUCCAAGGUCAAUCACGGGUUACUUCUUACCUGCGAACCUCAGAGAUUACAGAGUCCCAGCAGCAGCCAGACCCCAACCCUCCAGAUAUCGACCAAGAAACAAACCACUCUAAUCCUGAUCCCGACCCCGAGCCAGAGCCAGAGGAGGGUGAAAUGUCAGAUUACAGCUACGAGGAGGUGGAGGCUCGGCCAGGUUGGGCAGAGGAGAGCAUUAACUGGCAGAGGACUUUCUCAGUCAAUCCGAUGGACUUUGAGCUUCUGCGCUCUGACUGGAAUGACUUGCGCUGUAAUGUGUCUGGGAACCUGCAGCUAGCAGAGAGCGAGGUGGUGGACGUGCUGGCACAGUACAUGGAGAAACUCAAUGAGCGCAAUGGGGGGAUCUACACCCUGUUGCGAAUUAUCAACGUUGAAAAGCGGCGUGACUCGGCAAGAGGGAACCGGUACCUCGUGGAGCUGGAGCUUAUGGAGAGAGGACGUAGCGUGGUACGCCUUUCAGAAUACAUUUACCUGCUGCUACACCGCAGCAAGCAGGGGGAGGAAAGUUUAGAGAACACAGACUCUGCCCCUGCCUCAGCACCGGCUUCAGCCCUCUCCACUGCCACUCCCAGCCUCACCACCCCACCGCCGCCUCCUCCUCCCACCAAGUCGUCUGGCCGAGCAGCAGCAACACCCUGGAGCACUGCAUAUGCUAAGCCCCUGCUAUGCCAGCCAGUCAUGCUCCAAUGGAGGAAAGAUGUCAUGGUACACUUUGUGGUCCCAGUAAAAAACCAGGCUCGCUGGGUGCAGCAGUUCAUCUCUGACAUGGAAAAUCUUCACCGGCAGACAAAAGAUGACAAUUUCAGCAUCAUCAUUGUGGAUUUUGAGAGCGAAGAUAUGGACGUGGAGCAGGCACUUCGAGAGAGCAGUGUGCCAAGAUAUGAGUAUCUUAGGAGAGAAGGCAACUUUGAGCGCUCGGCAGGACUGCAGAUGGGAGUGGACACUAUUGAGGACAGCCACAGCAUCGUAUUCCUGUGUGACCUGCACAUCCAUUUCCCUCUCAACAUCUUGGAAAGCAUCAGGAAGCACUGCGUGGAGGGACGCCUUGCUUUUGCUCCCAUUGUCAUGAGACUCAGCUGUGGUAGUUCACCACAGGAGCCUGAUGGUUACUGGGAGGUAAACGGCUUUGGUCUGUUUGGAAUUUAUAAAUCAGAUUUUGAUAAAAUUGGAGGGAUGAACACAGAAGAGUUCAAAGACCGCUGGGGUGGAGAGGAUUGGGAACUGUUGGACAGGGUCCUGCAGAACGGUUUGGAAGUAGAAAGACUACGCUUGAGGAACUUCUUUCACUACUACCACUCCAAGAGAGGCAUGUGGAAUGCCCAAAACAAAAAAACUCCCAAGGGAUAGCGCAGCCUGUUGGUCAGAGGAUCCUAAACCUACCUGCAGACCCACUGUGUGUGUGAGAGAGAGACCUGUCGGAGCUCGCUCACUGCCUGAAUUCUGCCUUUUCGAAACAGGCUCCUUUCAGGGACUCCUCGGACCCUGUUGUGUAUUUGUCUGUACGAGGAAACUGAUUCCAAAUUUGAAAUUUGGAGGCGUGCUUUUUACGCAGACGGACCUGAGUCAUCACUUUGCCUCACUGACUGAACUACUGUACAGAGAGAAGAGUUAUUUUUAUUCUCCUUUUCUCUGUCCUUUUUGGUGCAAUGUUUUCAGACAGACUGGAAAGCAGAGAGCGUGUGUGUUUGUAUGUGUGGGUAUGUAUAUAUAGGUGUGUGGGUGUGUUGCCAUGACGGAAAGCACCCUUUUUUUUUUUCUAACACGGAGAUGUGGAGACAACCUAAGAUCUUUUUGCUAACAUGCUCUCACGCGGGAGCCUAAUAGAAUGUGUGUCAACGUGUUCAUCAGGCGAUUCAGACGCAGGGUUGUAGCUCAAGUAGAGGAACACUUUGUUUGAUAAAGCAGUACAUCAACUUCUACCUGUUAAAUAUCAUUGACUAGAAUGACUGAGGUGCUGAACUCCUCUUUGUAUCUGAUAUUAUAAACCACAGAAAGUUUUCCGUUCAGAAAAAGCCCUUUCUCAAACAGAUACAUCCCUUUCUGCCCCUCUUUCUCCUUCUGUAUCACCUUUAUUUUAUUCCUUUCUUUAUCCUUUUCCUUGUCAUGCUAACUUGUGUGUUUGUAUCUGUUUGUAAUAUUAUUUUAUAAUGUCAAUUUUAAAAUAGAGCAUUUAUAAUAAUGCAAGCUAUUGGUUAUGACUUGAUUUGUUUUAAGUGAUGAGGGGGUUUUUCUUAUUUUUUUAACAAGGGACUUUUAUUUAUCUGGACUAAGCAUGUGCUUACAUUUGGCAUGCUAUUCCUGUUCAAUAACACUGAAUUUGUGAGCAUUUCAGAUCUACUGACAGAUUUUUUUGUUUGCAAACUUCAUUUCUCGUAUUAAAAUCCCACCGAGACGGGGAAUGCUUGGCUGUCGAAAAUACAGAUACUCUUCUGUUUGAGCUUGUUUUAAGCACUAACAGAAGGGAGACCAGUUCAUGUGUGGGACACGGUGGUGCAAGGCAUGGCUGUUUCACAAAUGUGUGCCUUUAUCAGGGUUUGGCUGCAGGCAGUUUUUAAGCUACUUUAAUGACUGACGAGGGCCGAGACAAACAGAAAUACAACGGUAUUUAUCAGCAGGCUGUAAAGUCAGUGUAAAUUCAGAUAUACUGUAAAAAGAGGAAAAUAAUGUUCUCUUUAAAGGAUCAUAGAAGUGUCACUGUUUAUUGUAUUAUCUCAAAAGAAAGGACAUGUUUGAUUGAGGUUUUAGUGAUACGAAGUGUUCACUGGUGAGAUAGAAGGAGAAUCGUUAAGAAUGACUACUGAGUGGGAACAGAGGGUGUGAUAAAGAGUCACUGGCAGCUGCAGUCCAGUAGGACCCCACCUGCUCCCAUUAUUUUGGCUGGAGGCCGGGCUCCUAAUGCCUUCUGUUUAUGCAACAUGGCACUUAUAUUGAGGAAGAGUGGCUGGAGGGCUCUUGGCUGGACAUGUAUAUGGAUGAACACUAACGAUCUGUUAUUGACUAUAUGAUUGUCAAAAUGCCCUCUAGACCUUUUUUGCCUCUACAGAAAAAAAGGUCUACACUGUACAUCAUUUUGCAUUCACAUGGGACUAUUUAAAAUAAAGGAAACACAUUAAUAUAAGAAUAUAUAUAUAUAGAUAUAUAUAUAUAUAUGAAACAUUUACAAAAUGAAAAAUAAGUAUACAUUCCGAGGUAAUUUCUGUGAAAUUGUUUUGUAGAGAAAAGGUUUUAAGAAUGUAUUGUACUUUUAUUUUCAUUUGUUGUUUGUUUGUUUGUUUGUUUUUUGUUUUUGCAAAUAAACUUUUAUCCUUACAUCUGGAUAAUAUUUUAGUUUUUUUGUUGUGCGUUUAUUUAUGUUUUUGGAACCCUGGUCUCAAUACAGAAAAAGUGACACAAAAGUCAAAUAAAAAUGUUAUUUGUUUUUCUGACCACACGGUGGUGCUCGUCCCACACGGGCCGUGAAGUGGUAAAAUGGAGACAUGGAAAUAACAUUGCUCAACAUAUUUUGAGCAGAGGUAGGGUGAUUCAUUGCCAGAGAAAUAAAGCUUACUACAGCUGA